GAGAAGGUCUGGCUCUCGAUGUUCCUUUUGGCCCUCACCUCCACACCGUCCGUUCGACCUUGUGCCUUUCGUGUCCAAUCAGUUGUUGGAUUACCUUCGUUUGCUCCUGCAGCAUCACCUUCUUUUUUUUUCGUCGGGACUCUAGAACCAACUAGGUCUAGCUUACCCCGAUUUUAUCUUACCCGCCCGAUCUUUUUGCGGCCAACCACCAAACAGCAGUCGACUGUGCCUUUCAGCAUCUCGACAUUUAAGGCUCUGUUUGCCCUCACCUUCUUUGUCGUCCAGGACCUUCUUUCUCCCUACGCUCAUCGACUACUGUCCUUCGACAAACCCUUUUUUGUUUCUUUGCCUUCACUCCUUUCAAGGCUAGAACUUGUUCCAUUGUCUUCCACUCUUGACUUCCAACAACUCGCCUGGCGCAGUACCUUCAUUCCCGAAGUCGAACGGAUAUAAAGUGCUUGCACUUUUUGUGACUCUCCCUACAGCCCUCCAGACUCAAAGAUUUUGCAAAGUCUUACGACAAACCCAGCACAAAAAAACAACAAGGGAAUUCUUGCGCUCGUCCGGAACGAAAACUCCAGUUCCCACAAACAAACAACAGAAAGAUCUUUGAUCAAGAUGUACUUCAGCAACAAGAACACGGCGCUCGCCGCCAUGCUGGCUUUUGCCACUGCCGGCACCAACGCCCACAUGCUCCUUGCCGAGCCCAAGCCCUUCAGCACGCCUGCCCUGCAGAACGGCCCCCUCGACACCGCAUCCGGUCGCGCAUUCCCCUGCCAGGUCGGCGCCGGCGGCUACUCGGGCGCUGCCACCCAGAUGCCCCUCGGCUCGUCGCAGAAGCUCGCCUUCACCGGCCAGGCCACGCACGGCGGCGGCUCGUGCCAGAUCUCCAUCAGCUACGACACCGCCCCGACCAAGCAGUCGGUCUGGAAGGUGAUCCACUCCAUCGAGGGCGGCUGCGUGGCCGAUGUCGCCGGCAACAUGGGCGACUCGGCCUCGGCCGCCAGCCCCUUCACCUUCCAGUUCCCGAUCCCGAGCGACAUCCCCGCUGGCAAGGCCACCGUCGCCUGGACCUGGCUCAACCGCAUCGGCAACCGCGAGUUCUACAUGAACUGCGCCCCCGUCGAGCUGACCGGCUCGGGCGGCUCCAAGUCGGCCUACGACGCCCUCCCCGACAUGCUCGUCACCAACAUCGACGGCAAGAACGCCUGCAACACCGUCGAGGGCUCCGACUACAAGUACCCCAACCCGGGCAAGUCGGUUGAUCGCAAGGGCCCGGCCAACAGGCUCAUCCAGCUGCAGUGCGCCUCCGGCACCCCCGGCGGCCAGGCCGGCAGCAGCCCCUCGGUCCCAUCCACUCCUUCCACGCCCGCGCAGCCUCCCGCGUCGCCGUCCAAGCCCGCCAACGGUGGUGGUAACGGUAACGGUAACGGCAAUGGCAACGGAAAUGGAAACGGAAACGGCAAUGGCAAUGGCAAUGGCAAUGGCAAUGGCAAUGGCAAUGGCAAUGGCAGUGGAAACGGCAACGGCAACGGCAACGGCGGCGGCAAGGUUCCCGGCGGUGUCUUCGCUCCUGCUCCCAGCUCGACCACUGCUCCUAGCAGCCCCACUGCUGCUCCCGCCAAGCCUACUUCGCCCAGCACUCCCGCCAAGCCCAGUGGUGCUCCCGCCGCCCCCGCCCCCGGUUCCGGUUCUGGCAGCGGCUCCGGCUCCGGCUCCAGCUCCGGAAAGGCACCUGCCACCGGUGCCGGCGCCCAAGCUGCCGGCUCCGCCUGCAGCCCCGAGGGCCAGUGGAACUGCGUUGGCGGCAGUGCCUACCAGCUCUGCGGCAGCGGCGUCUGGUCGGUCGCCAUGCCCCUGGCCGCCGGCACCAGCUGCACCCCCGGCCAGAGCUCGAGCCUCUCCGUUGCCGCCAUCGGCAGGAGGGUCGCUGCCUUCCGCGCCUAAAGCGGUCAACCAACAUGAGCUGCCGGAACCGGUUUCGGCGCCUUCAAUCUUAACUUCUUGAGCACGCACACGCCUUUAUGAUCAUCGCUUUCUUCUUCUUUCUGUUGUACGAGUAACCAACUUCUCUUCUACGAUUCCCACUUUUUUGUUCAACUUUUUUCUUCUUUUCCUCUCUUGGACGGGAAAAAAAAACUAGGGUUUGCUUUUGUGAGGCGAGGCAUUUAGAGCUUUGCGAGGCGCACGCAUUCAUUUUUGGUCUUUGUAUUUGGGCAUGGAACAGUUCGGAUGAUAUCCCUCUUCUUCACGACCUUCGUUCAUGUACACAGACAUGUACAUACACUCUCACUUGGGCUACCUUGGCGGACAGGCCCUCGGGCAGAUACCCCUUUGGGUUUCGCAGUCAGACAGUAGUCCCUUUCUAGAGGGAUGGGUAUAUACCCUGAAAACACUUUUUGAUAAUCGCCUUUCCUAUAAUGUGACAUGACAUGACAUGUGUGAGCCAAUGCUUUCUAAC